AUGGCUAUUUGUUUACGUACAUUAUCACAUAAAUUUUUUCCUAUAAAUGGUAUUGUUUCUACAAAAAAUCACUCCAAUCGCUUUUCUCGAAAAAUCCCAGUGCAGGCACAAUUUAAAGAAGAAUGGGUAAAUAAGCGUCAUAUCUCCAACUAUAAAUUAGCGCCGAAAUCCAGUAUAGAAAAUAGCAUCGAUGAUAUUUAUAUAAACGAAUUGCUUGCUACUGUUUGUAUUCCUAAAAAUCAUGAACAAUCUAAAUAUCCAUGCACUAGCAACAUGGACAUAUUGAAAACAAGCUUUGAAUGUAAUGAUGGAGGUCACAAUAAUAUAGAAAUAAAAGCCCUAGAGAUCACCAGUGAUGACUAUAUAGAAAGGGGAUUAUCAUCCAAUAUGUUAUAUCCAUACACAUGUAUUGAUAGUUUAGAUUUCACAAGCUAUAAUAAUGAUCAUUUUGAGCCUACUUGCUUGUCAGACUUUGAAAAAGAAGCAGUUGCAUACUGUAGAGCUCCUGUUACCCCAUCCCCUGCUAAAACCUCUAAUGAAGUCCAGUCACCUAGUGAUAAACCGAGUGAAGAGCAACUAAUGAAAGUAUUCAAUGUGCUUUCAGAAAAUAUGCCAGAUCUUUUUGUAAAAUCUUUGGACUACUCUAUCUACCAUCCUAAUCUGGUGUUUGUCAACAACAUACGGGGCACUACAACAGUAGGUUUGUUUCCAUAUGUGCGUCAAAUAGCAUUACUUAGAACAGUUGGGCACCUCAAAUUUGCCUAUGUAAAAUUUGAAGUAAUGAAGAUAACAGCAAAUCCGGAAGAUUCUUCAAUAAAGCUCAGAUGGAGAAUCCGAGGAAUUUCUGGAUUUAAAGUAUUCUUCAUGUUUUGGAAGUACAAAUUGUGGAAUUUAAAGGAAGUGUUCCAGGACCAGGAGCUAUGGUAUGAUGGUUUUUCCACAUUCUAUGUAGGAGGUGAUGGUCUUGUUCAGAAGCAUAUAGCUGACAAGGUUAUGCCGGAUCAAGACACUAUAAUUGAUGAUGAAGAAAAGGCUCCAAUAGCUGCAAAGAUCGCCCUACUCAUUGGAUUACUACCUAGAAACUAUUUAUCUGAUGUUUCACCCUUCUUCAGCUCCUCUUCAGGCACUACAGAUACCAUGCCAUUACCUUUCAAAGUUUUAGAGUGA